AUUAUGAAAAUCUGCUCAUGCAUUUGGGUUGCGCAGGAUGCAGCAGAACAGGAUGUUCCACCAUGAUGCCAUCCAUCCUCCUAUGUAAUCGCAUGUUCUCCUCCUAAAGCUCUCUGCAGUACAUAAUGUGUCGCAUGUGAGAUACAUCAUCUGAAUGCAUGGAGGCAACCUGUGGUGAAACUUCCAAGUAACUCGCCUUGCCGGGUGCAUUAGAGGACACGCAGCACCCAAUGAAUGAGCGGCUGCUCUGACGACGCUGCCGAGCGCUGCCGGUCGACACGCCCCCAGCAUGGAUACAACCAGCAGGAACAGGCGCUCAGGAGACACACUCACUAUGCUGGAGAGUGUUUGGAGCCGCGAUGGGAGUUAACACAUCCAAGUUUGUAGAGGUCCUGUUACCAGCGUCAUUGCACUAAACAAAGACAUUGGGUUUGUUUUUCUAUCUCUGCCUCUCUGUGUGUGUCUGAGGGGGUUUGUCUGCGUUUUUGUCCGAGGCGUUUCUCUCACAGGAUGUUGAUGAUAUUGGAAAGCCGGGUAAGAUCAUAAAGUCAGUUCUCUCUGAUGAGAACCACCUCCUCCUCUCCUCACCACACAAAGGGAACCACGGAACAAUUGCUUUUUUUUUUCUCAAACGCCAUCAUUUGAUUUUUCUGAAUGUCAUUAAGGAGCAGAGGGGGCUGUUUCAAAGACAAAAUGGAUCACUUUGCAGCAGAGUGCCUUGUUUCAAUGUCCAGUCGUGCAAUUGUUCACGCGCCUAAAGGGAAUAGGGAGAUUAAACCAGAAAUCCCGUCCUCCCCCAAGAACGGAGAGGAAAUUAAAGAGCCUUUGGUGAAAGAUAACUCCUCUCUUUUUGUGGUGGCGCGGAUUCUGGCGGAUUUUAACCAGCAGACUCCCAACAAUGUUGCCGAGCAGGCAAAAAUAAAGGAUGAGAGCAUGCCGGACCUCAUAGAUGAUGGAAACUCUGCCACACCUACCACCAUCUCCGAUCCUUCGCUCAAACAAAGAGGCAAAAGAUCGCGAGGUCGAACUGAGCAAGAAUCACCUCAGAAAAAGCACAAAUGCCACUAUUCAGGUUGUGAAAAAGUUUAUGGCAAAUCAUCCCACCUCAAAGCCCACCUAAGGACACACACAGGAGAGCGGCCUUUCCCGUGCACCUGGCCCGACUGCAGUAAGAAGUUCGCCCGCUCCGAUGAGCUGGCCCGCCACUACCGCACCCACACGGGGGAGAAGAAGUUCGGGUGCCCUCUUUGUGACAAGCGUUUCAUGCGAAGCGACCACCUGAUGAAACACGCUCGGCGCCACUCAGAUUUCCAGCCCGGCAUGCUGAAGAGGCCUCAUGGCAGCAGCGGCAGCAGCACCACACGUCCCAGUUCCCUCAGCGACUACAGCCGCUCGGACGCCUCCAGCCCCACCCUCAGCCCCACCCUCAGCCCUGCCAACUCGCCUUAAACUGAAACCCAGUCGCACUUUCUGCCUCUGACCUGGGAGGCCUGUGUUUUUGUCAUAACACUUGUGUUGCACAGUUGUCAGCAGCCCCCCUCCUUUUGCUAUUCCUGCGCUUGCUGUGGUGUACCAUACUGUACAUAACUGCUUAUUGUAGUGCAAUUACAUGUGCGAUCCUAAAAGAAGGUAAUGCCUUUCCCAGAUGGCAAUAUUACAUUCUGUACCAUAAGUCUGUAUUUUUUAGCUUCUGAUCAUGGCUAGUUGUCCAAUGUAUGUUUGCAGUCGACGGAACAAGCUUAGAAGAAAAAAAACAGACACCCUGACAAGUCUUAUCAAAACGGAUUUCUUCUUUGAGUUUUUUCUUCUUAUUUGAACGGGUGAGGAGAAGGGGUUCAUACACACACACACCUCAGGAUUGAAGACAGUAACUAUUUCUGUAAUACCACAGUACUUUCACAGUACUCACAUUGACUGCACAAUAUACUCAUCACUUUACUCUGAAAUUCAACAAGGGGUUGAAUUUUAAGCCCUUCUCAGGGAUGGCCUUGUUAGCUUGAAAGAAUGAACACGGAGAAGAGAAACAUACAGUACAUAUAUAGCAGCCUUACACUCAACACAAUUUGCACUCUUUGUUUUUUUGUUGGUUUUCACGUCGAGGAAACUCGCCCUACGCUCUUACGGUCAAUCAUACACACAAUGCAUGUUUUCUGUUUUCCUUUGUGUUGUUGGGGGUUCAAAUGUGAUACAGCUUCCCCAAAACAUCCACCUUCAGAGAGCAAAAGACAUCUGUUCUUUCACUGCAUCCUUAAUAUUCGGUCGCUGUUACACUGGGUUAAAUAUGUGUGUCGUUAAUCAGCGGUGUGCAGUGUAUACUGUGUGAAUCUGCAUUGUGGGAGGAUUGGGAUGAUACUGGGUUAACAGUUUUAAUAAUCACACUCAGCUGAAGAAACUUUACACCCUUUCAUGGAGACAGUUAAGUUUCAAAGCAGCUGUUAUUGCUCACUUUAAGAGCACUGUAUCAUCAGCCAAUGUUUCUCACACACACACACACACACACACACACACACACACACACACACACACACACACACACACACACACACACACACACACACACACACACACACACACACACACGCACGCACACAACGGACACAAAGGGACUUUAGUUGAAACAAUGUUUAUCCAUCUCUGAAGCACAUAGGAAAAAGUACCAAAGACAGAAGUGAAUGAAAGCCUUCUAUUCAGUGUUGUAAGGCGCCCUUCACUGAGGCCUGAGGCUGCUGGUUGGCAGUAUCACAGGUAGAGCCAGACAGCCUGCUUGCUUCCCUCCCUCCUGCCUUUUGUGGCCUCCCUGGAGGAAACAGCUGCAUCCCACAAGAAGCCAUUCACAGCCCGCAGGAGGAGUGCUAACAUGCCAUUCCCGGGGAAGUCCUACCUCCCUCCCCCAGCUCGCUCUACCUGUCCUGCCAGAGAGCAGCGGCGGAGCUUAGAGCCAGCUGAAUUGCGUAAGGUUGCCUAACUUGUGGGUCAAAUGUAGGCCAGAGUGUUGAGCAGAGCCAGGUUGGGCCAAAGCACACAGCGGACAAAGCGGCUAUCUGCAACAGUCAGGCAAGAGAGGGCAGGUCCCGAUAAAAGAGGAGAGGUUUAUCAUGAGUCGAGCAGCACAGAGGAGGAGACACCCAGCCACAGACAUACUCAUCUCCUCCUUUUUCCACCCUCCAACUGUAGAAACUGUGAGCAGAAAAAUGGCUGUAAUUAGCAGGUUGCUCCAACCUGCAGGGUUAAGACAAGUGUAUGAACAACAGUACUACCUAGACAAGGCUAGCAGCAUGGGUGGGAUUUACCCGACUCCAUCGGAAGCACAGGGAGAAAUCUUCCACUACUGCUGGAGAGCCAAAAUCCACAAUGCCUAGGAUGAUAUCGCUCCAAAUUCACAUCCAUAUACUGUCAAACAGCUGCUUUCAAACUUCUCUCUCGCAACAAGGGGGGCUUUUGAACUGUUGUAAUAACAUGUGAACCAAACAAACAUAUCAGCAAAGAGCAGUGCUCACCAGCCUCACGUCGUCCUGCCUGUGAAGCUCAGAUGUCCCCGUGAGAAAGCUCACUUGUGUUUUCUAGACAGACAUGCCUCAAUAAGUCAGGCAAAAGGCACAGUAAACCUUCCAUGGAAACGGGCACCGCUAUCAAAACUGCUGCAGCCCCCGCCGGUCUGUGUUAUGCCUACAUUUUCUCUUAAUGCUUCAGCACCAUGGCCAGAAAUAGUUUCACCCAUGUACUGUGGGUCCAGUUAAACCCCUCCACACUGUUGUCAUCAUGCUAGCUUUAUGCUACCACUGAUUCAACCUUCUCCUGCCCCUGCAGUCCCGUGCUUCACACUACAUGCAUGUUAACAAGUUUGACUUGGAAGCAUUGAGGCUGUUUGAGGCGGUCUGGCAGGUGUAAGUUCAUGAAUGGCGGGCCUUGUCCCUCGUUCUCCACUGCGGCCAUCUCUCUUUAAAGCUGUGAAGAAUCAGCUCUGUCACAAACAUCCUCCAGAAAGAAAACAUCCCUUAUUUAGAUCCAAUGCAGUAGUUUCCUCAAAACACAGCAAGAUGUUAAAAUAGUUUCCAAGCUGCAGGGUGACACUUUGAAUGCCACUGAUCAGCAGCGCUUAGUGAAGGAAGCACUGAGAGGGUUUUACAUUUACCAUGUCUCAAAGACAAAAAAAAUCUAAUUGCUGUUGAGCAGCUCUUUAUGGUGUUAUCCAUUACUUUUUUGUCAUAGUCAAUUUUUGCCUCCGUUUGUAACUUUCUCUCUUACAAUAAAAAAACAUCUUAAGUAGCUCGCCAAGCAGGUUUCACUUCCUAAUCCAUACUCUGCACAUUUACCUCAGGGUCAACAUCCGCAAAGCAAAGCAGAUACGGGACAGUUUGUGGACUUUAUUUAACAUCAGUUGCUGCACAGAAAUGUCUGCCAGCCCUUUCACCACCCUCGGUGUUCCUGGGUGCUCACUGCUGGUCAGUGUCCCGCCACACUGGAAACACAGGAACGACUCCUCUAAAAGGCCUAUAGCUCCAAGGGAGGCCUGUAAUGUCUUUGUAACAUCCUACAGUCCUGCUUUAAGCACUGGGCACUGUGGAGCUGUUUUUUAGUGUUACGCCCCUUUAACAUCUCUAACUUAUGGUGUCAGUACACUUACAGUAGGCAACAGGAAGCUACUACCAUCUGAAAUCAAACAGACUGUGACAGUGUACAAACAACAACCCAGUCUAUCCAUCCAUCCAGACUGCAGCAAUGACAUGAAGGCCUCCACAGGCAGAGUGUCUCAUUACUUUUACUCUCACUGUACCAAAUCUACUUGAAGAAUUCAACACAAAAGGCCAUUGAACACACUUUUGUACAUGUCCAUUUUUACUGUAUGUGCUUUUAUUGUCAAAUGAUAAUUAACCUCUGAGGAAAAAGGUCUUUUUAAUUUUUUUCCUAGAUUUUCCAUUGUCUUCAGGUCAUUUCCGAUUAUUUGGACUCUAUCACAGCGUUAUGGUUGACUGUUUUUUGGCAGGCUGUUUAAACGCGCUAUAUAUUGUUUUUUAAAAAAAAGCUCCAUUGAUGGGGUUAACCCCUUUAAUCCAAAACACUUUACACUCUGUUGAUGUCAGGAUGCAGGUUAUUUCACUCAGCCUGUAAUCCAAAAAAAUCAGAAGAAGAAGAAAGGAUUGUUUUAAGGUUUUUUGGGGAAAUAUUAAGAAAAGGAAACUUCCUGACCUCUAUGUACGACUUUUUCAGAUGGCUUGACUUGUUUUCUUUAUUAUUUAGAUUAUUUUAAAGUUUUCCAUAAGAAUAGAGACCACAGCAUUGUGAGUUAGCAAUGUAGUCAUGAUAAUUUUUAUUGUUGCUUUUUUUUGUCUCAUAUGAAAUGUUAAAGCUUGUACAUUAUUUUUUCAAAAAUCAUACCUCUUGAAAUAUUUGACUUUUGUUGUACCUUCAUAUCUUUUCAGAACAUCCAUCAUGUAGCUUUUGUUGGCUUAAUGAGUAGCACAAAUAGGUGGUUUUGUUUGUCCCUACUUGAAUGAAGAAGGAAGGAAAGAAAGACUUUUUUUCUGUAAAAAAACAAACAAGAAAAAAAAAACACUGGGCUACAUUUUAUAUAAUCAUCCCAUGUUGUCAGGGUCCUGCACAUCCUUGUAAAUUCAAUAAGUAAUCUUUCCGAUAUUGAAAGUUUCUUUUGAUAUAGGUAUAUUUAAACCAACCUUACUGAGCUCCACACUUUGUCUUAGUUGAAACGUUUUCUAUGCGUGCAAUGAUGUCAGCUGUAAAAUACUACAAAAUUCCUUGUCAGCAUUUUUUAAAUCCACCAUUAGGUCUGUAAUCUCAGUAAGAUUACAGACUGAGACAUCUGUUAGAGAAAAAAGACUUUAAACAAUGACAAAAUGGAAAAGCAUGGUGUGUAGAAAAUGUUAACAGUGUACCAGUUGCUGUCUUUUUCUGCUAAUUGUAAAAAUACUUAAAAGUGAACUGAUUGUUGCCGAGUAUGUAAAGAACUAACAUUUGAUGUGUUUAAAAAGGUCAUAGUAAUUAUAUGGAUAUAUCACUGAUCCGACCGUCUUAACUGAAAUCUUCAUGACUGAUAUCAUCGAACAAGCAUGUUCGGUGUCAAUGAUGUGCCAAAAGUAUAAGAAAAACUUCAUAAAGAUGAUACAAAUGUUGUUGGUUAAAAAAAACCCACCUAGCUACUGUCAGACAUUUAACAAACCUGUACAGUUUUAUAAAGUGUGACAUGUUUUUAUGUAAUGUACAGUAAUAUUUCUUUUCUGCUUUAUGUAUACAUUUUGAUUGUGUAGCUUUGUUUUCAUUUGGUUCUUGUUAUUUAAUUUUUUCUUCUUCCUUUAUUUCGCUGUACAAUACUCAAGUAAUGUAUGAUGGCUUAUUACAGGUAUUUUUUGACAUAAACAAUCUUAAUGAUAACAAAUGCCCAACCAUUCCAAAGGAUUGAAAACUGCAUUUGCUAUAAUUGUGCUGCUUAUAUCGACCCGAUGCAUUUUUGUAGGUUAUGGAUAGAAGUCUGUCGUGACUGUGAGGUUUUUACACAUUGUGAGUUGUGCACAAGGUACGUUUCUCAUUGUUGACAUUUUCCGGGUUUAAUCUCUCCGUACUUCUCAUCAGGCUCUUUGUGGAGGCUACGCCAAUUUGAAUCAACAACAAACAUGCAAUACUUCAUAUUCGAUGAUAUUAAAUGAUGUAAAGGUCAAGGGCAUACAAAGCAUGUUUCAAAAGGCCUGUGGCUUUCUGCAGCUUGGAUAAUGUUUGAGAGGCAGCCAAUGAUAGGAAAGAUUGAUUGUCAAGCAGUGAGAAGGAGCUUUGAGUUUUAGCAGCUCUUUUAGAAGCUCCACAGUUACAAGUUGUUACCAAAGGCUUUGAAGGGAAAGAUGAAUGUUGCAGUGAAUUUUGAACCUAGCCCACUUUGGGUUCAACUUUACAUGCUGUAAGUGUUGAUCGAUGGAUGUUGUGCUUAAAAUGGACCUUUUUCUACAUCUCAAAUGAGCAACUUUUGUUAUUUUUUAAAAAUAGCUUGAAUGAACAAACCUGUUAAAUCUUACAAGCAAAUAUAAAGAAUAAAAAAAGACAAAGUGAACGAGCAGUCUAGCAGACCAUAUCUGUCACUUACCGGGUGGUCCUGCUUGACUGCCUGUACCGACGGUGCGGCUCCUUACCAGAGCAAUGCACAAUGACAAAAGUUUUUUUGCUCAAGCGAUGGAUAUUUUUGCCAUGAAAGGAUUUGUCUGUUUCAGUUUAUUGAAUGACCUCCCUUUGAUAACAGAGAGCCUCUCACCAGCCUCUUGGUUCUGUUCCCUGUACCUGUUUUGUCCUCAGUGUACCUCCUCAGUGUAAUGUCGCUCUCUUGAUACCUCUGUGCGUUUCUCCUCUGCCCAUCACCAUCAGUUGCCUGUUGUAGUGACUCCAUGGUGCUGCCUCCCCUCUCAGCACCAAUAUAAUCUAAUCUGUAAAUAACUCUUGACUCAGCUAUGGCCAGUACAUCCAACGACCUCAGUCUAACCCUUCAGGUGUCAUGUUUUCUCUCUAUCUCUCAGCAAACCAAAAUCACUACAUUCAAGUAUUACAGUUGUACAGUUCCUCGGACUUUACAUGCAUUCAAUGUGCUGGUCUUAGCUGCUCUGCUGUACCUUUUUAUGGCAUUAUUUUUUACAUGUUAGACAAUAUAUUGUGACCAUGUCCUAUGCAAAUAUGAAAAAUAACAGAUUGUUGAAUAAUGUAUGUUGUCAUAACUUGUAUGCAUGAAAUAGUGAAGUUUACAUUUGGAAAUAAAUUCAUAAAAUAAUCAGCUA